GUCAGAAUCGAGUACCUCACAUUCAAUACACCACAAAUCUUUCACAACAUGAGCGACAUAUCCUAUUGUGUAUUCUCUGGUGGAUCAGCCUGUAAUCAUAUAGUCAGAGCAUUCCAAGACACUACUCCCGACACAGUCUACAUUCUCGGUAUUGGAGACAAUGGAGGUUCAACUAGCGAACUGCUGAGAGUUAUCGGUGGCCCAUCCAUUGGUGAUCUACGGUCACGCUUGACAAGACUCAUCAAUCUUCUUCCACCUGAAUCAGACGAUGAUACGGGAUACAAUCAAAGAGCAGCUAUCAAGACCAUUAUGAGUUAUCGACUUCCCGCAGAAGGCAAUGAACAUGAUAUCAAAGAUGAAUGGUCCUCCAUCGUUGAAGGUCGACAUAAACUAUGGGAACCGAUACCUGUUGAAAAGAAGGAAACGAUUCGAGGAUUUUUGACCAUGUUUGACUAUGAAAUAUUGAAGCGAAGUCAUAAACGCUUUAACUUUCGAAAUGGCAGCAUCGGUAACUUUUUCUUGACUGGUGCAAGACUAUUUUUUGGAUCUUUGGAGGCCGCCAUCUUUUUAUUUUCCGCUAUCACUGGUAUCAACGAACCUACUAGUGUGAUUCCAGUCAUUAAUACCAACCACACAGCUAGCAUCGCUGCUAUACUAGAGAACGGCGAAACUCUGAAGGGCCAGUGCGAAAUCAGCCAUCCAGCACCUUUAUCAGAAAAGAAGCAAAAGCCACUUAAUCCAAUAGACGCUUUCUCCAAAUUGGCAUUUCCUGGAUCACCCAUCUUUGAAUCAAAUCCUCAGUUCAAUGAUAACCUUGUCUUUUCGAAAACCCUUGAAGAAAAGCUUCACGCACGCAUUGCUCGGAUAUAUUACAUGAAUGAGUUUGGCCAGGAAAUCUACCCAAUACCGUCUCCAAAGGUGCUGAAGCAUCUUUCUACGAAAAACGUCCUUGUAUUUUCAAUUGGCUCCCUGUAUACGUCCAUUGUACCGUGUUUAAUUUUACGUGGAGUAGGCAAUGCUAUCGCUCAGUCGCCAUCCCUCAAGCACAAGAUUUUAAUUUUGAAUGGAAACAACGAUCGAGAAACGCACGGCUACACGGCACUUGACUUUAUUGAUGCUAUUACGACGGCUCUGAAUGAAAGUCGACUUGUCGAUGCUCGUCGAGUCUUCUAUCAAGAUUGUAAUAAGCAGAGCGACCACCAUCUGGAACCGCCUCCGACAUCACUCAUGCACCAUUUGCGAAUCGACACUCAGAGCAAUGGAACUGACUUAAAACAUCCAAAACCCAUGCGCCCACUUCUCGGUGUAGAUCGUAGACCCUAUCCACUCACCCCAUCACCAGCGCUAUCGACAUCUACACACGAAGGUUAUCCUGCCCCGACGACCACUACAUUCUAUUCCGGUACGCCGCCGGGUUAUCCUUCGUUCCCCCAAACUUUGUUCACGCCUUCUCCUCCAAACUCUUUCAUCACAACCUUACUGUACUUGUCCAAUAGUGAAAUUGAAGUCGAUGUCGGUGCUGUUGAAGAACUGGGCAUCAAGUGUAUACAAGUUCCUGGAGGGAUUUCCGAGGGAAAGCCGGUAUAUGAUGACGAUAGGUUGCGUCAAGCUCUAGAGUCGGUUGUAACACCGUAGCCCCUGAAAGACCAGUGGUGAUGGAAAGGGACUGAAAAUGAAGAGAUUUAUGAAGGCUGAAAGAAAUAGGAAGGAAAAUUACAAAUACAUAAAGAAAGAAAAAAAGAUAUAACAUGCAGUAGUAGUGAAUGGAU